AUUCUGGAUGAGCUGUAGAGGUCAGAUGGCACAUGCAGGCAGUCCUGCCAGGAGGGAGUUGCAGUAGUCAAGGCGAGCGAUGAUAAGAACCUGCGUUGCCUUCUGAGUCAGUAGGGGACGUAUCCUCCUGAUGUUGUACAGAGUGUGUCUGCAGGAGCGGGAUGUUGCUGGCACUGAAAGACAGUUGGUCGUCCAGUGUCACACUCAGAUUCCUUGCUGUCCGAGUCGGGGAAACAACCGAGGUGCCAAUGUCAUCAUCUUCUGUGUGAUUAUCAGUCAACUGACAGUUUCCUGUGGCAAUCUUUCUAACAUCCUUUUUUUUGUAACUGUUGUGAAAAUGUGAAAUUGCGUUGAGUAGGCAGGACUGGGUUCAUUGCUGUGUGACAGUCAGGCAGGCGUUGGGCUUUAUCUCUUGACUGAUGAGACCGAAUGGCAGCGUUCAAACAAUAAAUGCACACAAAGAUCUGCAGGAGAUAUCAGCUGAAAAACAUUCAUCUCAAGUACAUAUACAAAGAGGAAGGACACGUCAGUGGGUGAGCAGCCAUGCUGUUCUCUCACCUCCCUCUCCCCUUCCUCCUCCCCUUUCUCUCUCCCCUCCCCUGCAUCUCUCUGUCACCAACCUCCCCCCAUGGAGUUGUCCUCCCCCUGCACCCACCCCCUGCUGCAGCGGCCGGUCCGAUCCUGCAGGAGCGGCCCUUCGUUGUGGUGUGGAACAUGCCCACGGCACGGUGUCACGAACUUUACAACAUCCACCUGGACCUGAGCGACUUCGAUAUUGUGGAGAACCGACAGCAGCUCUUCCAGGGACAGAAAAUGACUAUCUUCUACCGUGACCGCUUGGGGAAAUAUCCAUACCUCUCCCGAGACGGCAGCAAGGUAAACGGAGGGAUACCGCAGCUCAGCGACCUCUCAGCUCACCUUUCCCUUGCGCUGAUGCAGAUGUCCGGCUCACUGCAGCCAAACUUCACCGGUUUGGCCGUUAUCGACUGGGAAGAGUGGCGGCCAUUGUGGGAGAGAAACUUUGGAACCAAGAUGGAGUACCAGAGGCAGUCCAAGCUGCUGGUGAGACAGGAGAGACCGGAUUUGUCAGAAAGGGCCACGACAUUAAUGGCGAGGCAAACGUUUGAGGACAGCGCUCGGAGGUUCAUGGAGGAGACGCUGCGGUUGGCGGGCAGAGAUCGCCCCAAAGGACUCUGGGGGUUUUAUGGUUUCCCUGCCUGCUUUAAUAAUCAGAAGAGAAAGACAGAUGAAAACUACACAGGACGCUGCCACGGGGGGACCAAAAAGCAGAACGACCGACUGUCCUGGCUCUGGCGUCAGUCCACCGCUCUCUAUCCCAGCAUCUACCUGCCACAAAGGCUGGCAGGAUCCACGGAUGCAGCUCUGAUGGUCAGACACAGACUGCUGGAGGCUUUGAGGGUGGCGUCAGUUUGGCGCCAUGGCAACAAUACCGAUCAUGCUACACCAGUCCUUCCCUACGCCAGGAUAGCAUUCGCACACACUCUCACUUUUCUUAACAAGACGGACCUGGUGCACACAUUGGGGGAGAGUGCGGCGCUGGGAGCUGCUGGAGUGGUGUUGUGGGGAGAGCUGAAGUUUGCCAAAUCCAAGCAUCAGUGCAUCCUUCUCAGGGACUACGUACACACCGUCUUGGGUCCCUUCGUCCAGUCGCUGAGGUCGGACACGAAGCACUGCAGCCUCCAACUUUGCAACGGCAAUGGACGCUGCGCCAGGAGACGCCCCAGCUCUAGUCACAUGGUCUCCUCAGGUCCAGCUAUGACCUUUGAUCCUAAUGAAAUCCACCUCCUCACUGACUCCUCCAGUGGCAAACCUUUUAACAACCACUUCAUGUGUCAGUGCUACAGGACCGGGCGGGAGUGUCAAGAGUAGGACGAAAACAGACAGAAGAGCAAGUAACCCCAACUCUGCUAUCAAGGUGGCCGUCAGUAAUGUCAAAAU